UGCUCGCAAUUUGAAUCGCGAGCUUCAAAUGGCAUUUUUCAUUUUUAUUUAUUGCACUUUUAAUAGACUGAUUAGUACUUUUUAAAAGAUCGGAGAAAAGUUGUUCCGAUGUUGAUUUGGUUUAAAUUGUACAUAAUUGAUGAUUUUGGAUUUACUGCUUUGGUGAAAAGAUCUGACAUCUCUAAAUCAGUGAUCAAAGUGCUGGGUAAGUAUUCUUAUGUCGAAUGCGAUCUUGUGUUAAUGCUGGGAUAAGAAUAGAUUUUCGCAGACUGAUAUCGAAAGGCGUUUUGUAUAUUUGAAAUUAAAUUUUAACAUUGGAGAUUGAUCUUUUAAAUUUGAAAUAAUAACUAAAUGUGGUGAUGUUUUAGGUUGAAAAAUUUUGAAAAGGGAAUGGAUUGUUUUGUUGAAAGCGAAGACUCAAGAUGGAGCUGAAACCCUUGUUUAUGAUAGGGAAAUGCGAUAAUUACAUCAUUGCGACAAGCUGUUUAUCUGUUGACCGGACUGUUGUUACAAUUUGAAAUAUCUCUUGGAUUAUUAAUAGUUUAUUUUAUUUAAGUUAAAAUGCCUAAUUUAAAUUGUCGUUUUUAUAAACAAAAAUUUCCUGAAGUAGAAGAUGUUGCUAUGGUCAUGGUGCGUCGAGUGGCCGAGAUGGGUGCUUACGUUGACUUAUUGGAGUAUAACAACAUUGAAGGCAUGAUUCUGCUUUCUGAACUUUCUCGUCGUCGUAUCAGAUCAAUCAACAAACUUAUCAGAAUUGGACGAAGUGAAUGUGUAGUUGUUAUCCGUGUUGACAAAGAUAAAGGAUACAUUGAUUUAUCAAAGAGAAGAGUUUCACCUGAGGAUAUAGUUAGAUGUGAAGAAAAAUUUGCCAAAAGUAAAGCUGUUAAUAGUAUUCUUCGCCAUGUGGCUGAAAUACUUGGUUAUCAAACUGAUGAUCAAUUAGAGGAUCUUUAUGAACGUACAGCAUGGUAUUUUGAUGAAAAAUACAAGAAACAAGGCUGUGCAUUUGACUAUUUCAAGCUUGUUGUCAACGAUGCUUCAGUAUUGGAUGAAUGUGAUCUUGAUGACAAAACACGAGAGGCUCUUGUUACUCACAUUAAAAGAAAAUUGACACCACAAGCAGUUAAAGUUAGAGCUGAUAUUGAUGUUGGCUGUUGUACCUAUGAAGGUAUCGAUGCUGUUAAAGCAGCCUUACGUGCAGGAAUAGCUUGUGGUUCACCAGAGAUGCCAAUCAAGAUUAAUUUGAUAGCCCCUCCAUCAUAUGUUGUUACAACUCACACUAUGGAAAGAGAAUUUGGUUUAGCAACUUUAGAUAAAGCCUUAAAAGAAAUAGAAGAAUCAAUUACAAAAGCAGGAGGAAUUUUCUCUAUUAAACAAGCACCUAAAGUUGUUACCGAUUUAGAUGAUCAAGAAUUGCAAAAGAAAUUAGAAAGAUUGGAACAAAUGAAUGAAGAAGUUCCUGGUGAUGAUGAUUAUGAUGAAGAUGGUGAUGGUGACAGCGAUAGUGUUGAAGAAGGAGGUGAUGGUAUUAGCAAUAAUAAACCAUCAAAAGUCAAAGACGAAAAUUAAAUGAUUAUCAUUUGUAUAAAGAUGGUCCAUGCAUCCUGUAAUAUAAUGUAAUAAUAUAAUGUAUUAAAAUAAUGAAUUUCUAGAAAAAGUGUAUUACAAUUAUUGCAUUGAUUAAUUUCAAUCAUCAUUUGUAUCUUGUAAAUAAAGACGUUUCGCAAAUA